AUGGAGCGCUUCUACUACAGUUUUGCCUAUUUUUUGAUACCAUUCCUGUUCUCACGAAUACCACUUACCUAUUUUGAAUUAAACUAUCCCUAUGAGAAAAUUUAUACAGAAGAAGACAUCUGCCCCAGCUACGUUUUAAUAGCUACCUUUAUUCAAGCCACAAUGUUUGCGCUGAUACCUUGUUGUCUAAUAGGAUGCCUGGUCGAGCGAAUCGUAGCUACGGUUAAAGUUGCAACUUACGAAAUUUACUACUACCCGCGGUUUUUCGACGCUUACAUCAUAGUCAACUAUUUUUGCGCUGUCGGCGUGGGAGGGUUAUAUACUUUCGGAUAUUUCACGCCGUUACACGAGGCCAUCCUUGCGCUUGCCGGUACUGCCGCAGCAACUCUAGGCACCGUAAUCAUCAUUAUACUUUCGGAACGCUCGAAACAUAACUCGUCUCCUCGUUAUACGCUUAGUAAGCGAUAUCAACAACUUGAGAACCACAAAGCUAUGAAGUGCACAGUCGUCUAUGUGAGCUUUGCCGGAAUGAUGAAUAUCAUCUUUUCCGUACUAUACCUCCUUAACCAGUAUGCCGACUCACGCUAUUGGGCCAACGUUGCUGGGAUUGCUAUUAAUGUCCAUAUUGCUAUUUACGCAAACAUCAUGCAAUACGUCGGGUACAUCUCAAAUCGCCAAAUGUACGAGUUGACGAGUGGCAUCGCGAUGAAAAAAUUGCGUGAAAUUAG